AUGCCGGGAAAAAACUGCUUUGCCUUCCUCAAGGGUCAGCGUCAGAGAUGCGGCGCCUGCGCACUGGAACGGGAGGCGGAGUGGAUGCUGAUCGCUCUCUAUCCGCUGCCCUGUGCCCUCCAUCCCUCGGCGAUCAGACAGACACGGACAGGGGGUAUCCGAGAAGGUUUGGGCGAGGACAGGGACGCGGAUCUGCUGUUGAUGAAGGGAUCUCUGAGGUUUGUGUACGCUGUGAUCAGUAGAGCGGCUCUGACCCUGUCCAUGGUCCUGAAAGCAACAGUCGGCGCGGAGAAGCCUGAUGUAGAUGCAGAGCCAGACGAGAGCCCAGGGAGCAGCAGCAGCAGCAGCAGCAGCAGUGGGGCUGUAGAUGCCCUCUCCACAGCUCCGGCCCCCGCCCCCCCUCAGGCCUCUGCAGGAGAGCCAGGACAGAGAGGAGACAGCUCCUGCUCUGACUCCGACAGUCCUUUUGGUUUAUUUGGAGAUGAUGGGGAGGGGAACAAAAAUCAGAAAGCACCUUCCGAGCAGGGGGUGAAGCCACCUGGAGAGCAGCAGCCAGGAGCAGGUCCUGAUAAAGGCCCUCAAAAGCAGCAGGGACCCCAAAAAGUAAACCAGGGCCCCCCUAUGCAAAAGAACCAGCCUCCUCCUAAGCAAGGAUCACCACAGUUGCAUGGGAAUGGACAGGCUGGAGCCCCAAACAAGCCUGGUGGCCAACAAGCUGCUCCAAAGGCAGGGACACAGCCUGAGGGCCAGCUUAAGGGAGAGCCACAAAAAAAUCCACCUCACGGUUCACCUAAGCCUGGAGCUCAUCAACAGAUUCUGUCUAAAAGUGGAGCCCAACCAGAGUCUCCAAAGACGUCAUCACAACAACAGGUUCCACCAAAGACAGGAAUGCAAAAAGCACCUGCUAAGACUGGUGCACAGCAGCAAGAACCUGCAAAGACGGGGUUGCAAGAGUCCACAACGGCUGGGUCACAAAAAACUGGCUCACAGCAAGGGUCACCUAAAGUAGGACAACAACAGCAGGGGUCACCAAGAAUUGGACAGCAACAACAGGGCUCGCCUAAAGUGUCACAGCAACAGCAGGGUUCCCCUAAAGUUGCACAGCAGCAACAGGGGUCAUCUAAGGUGGGACAACAACAGCAAGGCCUCAGGACUACAACCCAGCAACAGUCCUCUAAUAAGCCUGGGCUUCAGCAACAAAGCCCUAAGGGACCUGGUACACCUGGCUUAUCCCAGGCAGGGUCUUCAUCACCAGGUGUAACCAAAGCUGGAUCUCAGUCAAAAGCAAAGUCCCUUUGUCCAGUGUGUAAGACAACAGAACUUAACAUGCAUACCAAGGAACCACCAAACCAUAAAACCUGUACGCAGUGUAAAACUGAAGUGUGCAGCUUGUGUGGCUUCAGCCCUCCAGACUCUGAUAUACAGAGAGCUCAAGGAACUUCUGAACCACUGGGACCUUCCAUGAAAAAGCCCACACCCAGCAAAGUUUCUGCUACUCAAAACCAGGGACCAUCUCCUGCUGUAUCUGUCAAAAAAGAGACGUCAGCACCAGGAUCACCUCAGAAAACACAGUCUACAUCAGCAAAAGCGCCAGCUAAGGGUGAAGGUCCUUCAGAAAGUCAAAAACAGGCCAGCCCAGCAUCUGUCCAGAAAAUGACAUCUGAGACCCAGAUAUCAGGGUCUCAAAAAGCAGACCAGACUAGUAAAACUGCACGCAAGCAAAGCGGUGCCACCCCGGCUCCCCAGCAGGAAUCAGGAGGUCGAUUUGGCUUUGGUGGUGCUAAAACUGAAGCUGCAAAGCCUGAAGAGUCAGUGACUGGGAAGAUGUUUGGCUUUGGUUCUUCCAUUUUCAGUUCUGCAUCUACUUUGAUAGCCUCGGCUGUUCAGGAUGAGCCUAAAACCACACCACCAGUUUCUCCCAAGAUUCAGUCUGCAAAGGAGAUCAAGCCACCUGCAGUCCAAAAGCCGGUGCAAGACAAGAAGCAAGAGCAACCCCAGCAAGCAAAGGCCCAUCCGGCAGGACAGGACAAGGUGGACAAAGUUGCAUCAGAGACCCCAAAGGCUGCAGCUGCAGCCCCCCACAAUGUUCCUAAGGCAGGCCAAUCUGCUUGUCCACUCUGUAAGAUGGUGCUUAACAUGGGCUCGAAAGAUCCUCCCAACUACAACACCUGCACUGAAUGCAAAAGCACUGUGUGCAACCAAUGUGGAUUUAACCCCAUGCCAAACGUUAAAGAGGCUCUCCUCAAAGGAAAAUAUCUACAGCAGCAGCACAACCCACCAAGGUUGAAGCUACUAAACAACCAGACAGUAAUAGACAGACUGGCCCAGCUCCUGGUCAGAAAACACCACAGGAAAGCCGGAAGACAGGUCCUCAGAAACAACCAGUCCAGACAAGCCAAACUGCACAAAAGCAGGGAAAUGCCACUGCAGCUACACAACAAGAUUCAAGAUGAGCCUAAAACCACACCACCAGUUUCUCCCAAAAUACCUGCUGCAAAGGAGUCAAAGUCCCCCCCAGCCAAGAAACCAGAACAGAAGAAACUAGAGCAACCCCAGCAGACAAAGGGUGCUCCACCAGCACACCCUAAAGUGGACAAACCUCCAUCAGCUUUCCCAGCUAUUUCCACACCAGGCCAGUCUACCUGCCCUCUCUGUAAAAUGGAACUCAAUGUGGGUUCUAAAGAUCCUCCCAACUACAACACCUGCACAGUGUGCAAAAACACUGUCUGUAACCAGUGUGGGUUUAAUCCCAUGCCAAAUGUUAAGGAGGUGAAGGAGUGGUUAUGUCUCAACUGUCAAAUGCAGAGAGCACUAGGAGCAUCUGAACCUCCAGGAACUCCCAUGAUGAAACUCCAGGCCUCACCAAAUAAAAUCACUGCACCUGCCAAUGCCCUAAAUAAGGAAACUCCCCCUCUUGAUAAACAAAAGAAAGACAUUCCAACAACUGCUGAAUCUAAAAUAAAGGAGACCCAUGCACCAGGCUCCCCACAGAGAAAGCCACCAGCAGCAGCAGAGCAGGCAGCAAAGGCUGAAGUUGUGAAAGGACCAGAAAGUAUGAAACAGGUCCGCCCAGCUGCUGGUCUGAAAACACCACAGGAGGGACAAAAGACAGGUCCUCAGAAACCACCAGACCAGACAAGCCAAACUGGACAGAAGCAGAAUAAUACUACCUCAACUACACAAGAGGAGUCCAGAGGGUUCUUUGGAUUUGGUGGUCCUAAAACUCAGCCUGAUGCUGCAAAGCCUGCUGAAUCAAUGGGUGGAAAAAUGUUUGGCUUUGGUUCCUCCAUCUUCAGUUCUGCAUCGACUUUAAUAAACUCAGCUGUCCAAGAUGAUUCCAAAACGACACCGCCAGUUUCUCCCAAGAUGCCUGCCGCAAAGGCAAUGAAAUCACCCUUUGCUCAGAAAGAAGAGCAGGAGAAGAAACUAGAGCAAGUCCAACAGCCCAAGAGCUCUCAAUUGCUACAAGCCAAAGUAGAAAAAGCUCCAUCAGAGCCUCCAAAGGAUGCAACUGCAACCCCAGCUGUUCUCAAGGCAGGGCAAUCUACCUGUCCACUCUGUAAGGUGGAACUCAACUUUGGCUCCAAGGAACCACCCAACUACAACAAAUGCACUGACUGCAAGAGCACUGUCUGCAACCAAUGUGGAUUUAAUCCAAUGCCAAAUGUGUCAGAGGUAAAAGAAUGGUUAUGCCUGAACUGUCAGAUGCAGAGAGCCCUUAGUACAUCUGAACUCACAGCUCCUCCUAUGAAACCUCAGAAUGCAGCUAACAAAGUUUUACCAUCUGCAGUAGAUCAGAAAAUAACAGCUCCAAAUCAAAUGGAAACUCUAAAGAAGGAAUUAACAAAGUCUGAUGCACCUCCAAAGAUGGAGACUACAUUGGCUGAUACACUUCAAAAGGAAGGUAGCUCCACGCCAGGUUCUCCUCAGAAGACAAAACUUACAGCAGCAACACAGGCAACCAAGGCUGGUAAAGGACCACAAAGUGAAACACAGGCUAGCCCAGCUCCUGGUCAGAAAACUCCUCGGGGUGUCUUGGGGGCAUCAGGCUCUCAGAAACCAGCUGACCAGGGAAAUCAACCUGAACUAAAACAGAUUAAGGUCACCCCAGAUACACAGCAGGAGUCAGGAAAGCUAUUUGGCUUGAGCAGUCCUAAAACAAGGCCUGAUGUUUCAAAAACAACAGAAUCCAUGACUGGGAAGAUGUUUGGCUUUGGUUCCUCCAUUUUCAGCUCAGCAUCCACCUUGAUAUCAUCAGCUGUUCAGGAAGAAUCACGUACUACACCAGGCUCUCGUAAGAUGUCUGCACCAGCACAAGUCUCUCCCAAGAUGUCAGCUGUGCCCAAGAUUUCUCCAAAAACGACUCCGACAGUUUCUCCCAAAAUGUCUCCAGCAAGGGAGCCCAAAACUCUGACUCAGAAGCCAGAACAGAAGAAGGAACAAGAGGAUUCCCAAAAGAGCAAAGAGGACAAAGCUCCAUCACAGCCACCAAAAAUGGCAACAAUGUCCCAUAAAGCAGGCGAGGCCACCUGUCCACUGUGUAAGGUAGAGCUUAACAUCGGCUCCAAGGAACCUUUAAACUACAAUACCUGCACUGAGUGCAAGACCAUCGUCUGCACCCAAUGUGGAUUUAACCCAAUGCCUAUAGAAGGGAUGAAAAGAGCAGUUGGGGCAUCUGAGCCCCUAGGGCCCCCUACAAUGAAGUCCCAAACAUCACCCAGUAAAGUUCCUUCACCUGCUCCUGUCCAAUUGAAGGAUUCUUCUAAACCAACUACAACUCAAAAGAAGGACAGUCCAAAUGUACAAAAGAAGGGGACCUCAGAACCAGUCUCACCACAGAGAAAACAGUCUUCACCAUCACUGCAGUCAGGCAAACCUGAAGCUGUUACUGCGUCAUUGAAACAGGCCAGCCCAGCACCUGAUCAUAAAACACCACAGGAACUACAGAAGACAGGUCCAAAGCAGCCACCAGAUCCAAUGCAACCUGGAUCUAAGCCCAGUGAUGCCACUGCAGCUACACAGCAAGAAUCAGGAGGCUUCUUUGGUUUUGGUGGUCCUAAAUUUCAACCUGAUACUGCAAAACCUGCAGUGGCUGGGAAGAUGUUUGGCUUUGGUUCUUCCAUCCUCAGUUCUGCAUCUACUUUGAUAACUUCAGCUGUUCAGGACCAGACCAAAACUACUCCACCAGUUUCUCCCAAGAUGUCUGCUGCAAAAGAGAUCAAGUCCCCUGGUGCCCAGAAGCUGGAGCAGCAGAAGAAAACAGAGCCAUCCCAGCAGACCAAGACACCUCCAUUAGGACAGGACAAAUUGGACAAAGCACAAUCAGAGCCUCCAAAGGCUGCAGCAGUUUCCCAAAUAGCUGUCAAACCAGGCCAGUCUACCUGUCCACUCUGUAAGGUGGAACUCAAUGUGGGUUCCAAGGAUCCUCCUAAUUACAAUACCUGCACUGAAUGCAAGAACACUGUCUGUAACCAGUGUGGAUUUAACCCUAAUCCAAAUGAAACAGUGGUAAAGGAAUGGUUGUGUCUCAAUUGCCAGAUGCAGCGGGCUCUUGGAGUGACAAAGCCCUCAGAAGUCACUUCUGUCAAUUCUCAGAUAUCUGCAAAACCUCAAAAGAAAGACAUCAUCAGCCCAGCUGAACCUGAAAAGAAAGAGUCAUCGGCAACCCACUCACCUCAAAGGAAACUCUCGGCAAUAGCACAGCCAGCUACAACUGAGAUUGCAAACAAGCCAGAAGGUCAGAAACAGCCCAGACCAGUUCCUUCUCAGAAAACACCACAGGAGCCCCAGAAAACAUUAGGUCCUAGCAAAACACCAGACCAGACAAGAAAAACUGAACGCAAGCAGAGUAAUGCCACUGCAGCAACACAGCAAGAGUCAGGAGGCUUCUUUGGUUUUGGUGGUGGUAAAACUCAACCCGAUGCUGCAAAGCCGGCAGAGUCAGUGACUGGGAAAAUGUUUGGCUUUGGUUCUUCCAUCUUCGGUUCUGCAUCCUCUUUGAUAACCUCAGCUGUUCAGGACCAGCCCAAGACCACUCCACCAGCUUCUCCUAAGAUAUCCCCAGCAAAAGAGAUCAAAUCCCCUGCUGCCCAGAAGAAGGACCAACACAAGAAGCCAGAACAAUCCCAAGAGACCAAGAGACCUCCAUCGGUGCAGGCCAAAGUGGACAAAGCUCCAUCAGAGCCUCCAAAGGCUGCAGCAGCAUCCCAAGCUGCUGUGAAAUCAGGCCAGUCCACCUGUCCACUCUGUAAGGUCGAACUCAAUAUGGGAUCCAAGGAUCCCCCUAACUACAAUACCUGCACUGAAUGCAAGAACACUGUCUGUAACCAAUGUGGAUUUAACCCCAUGCCAAAUGUGUCAGAAGUGAAGGAAUGGCUUUGUCUCAACUGCCAGAUGCAGAGAGCACUUGGAGCUUCUGAACCUCCAGGUCUUCCCAUGAUAAAACCCCAACCUUCACCAAACAAAGAGGUCCCUGCCACCACACAGAAGCAAGAGACCUCAAUGUCAACUUCUCAGGAAGACAUCCCUAAACCAGUCUCACCCAGAAAUGAGCUUGUUAAUAUUGCCACAACCAAAGAAACUGAAUACUCAGCCAUUGAUGCAUCAACAAAGAAAGUUACCCCUACAGCUGCUUCAAUGCCUGAUGAAACUGUUCCAUCUGCUAUCUCAAAGACUGAAGUUUCAACAGCUUCUCGAAAGCUUUCAGUAGAGACACUCAAACUACAACCUGGUACGCCCCAACAACAGCCUACAAAAGCUGUGACUUCUACUGCUGAGUCUGGUCCUCCAACAGAACAAGAAGUGGGAAAAACACCCCCACAAGAGCCUCCAAAAGAUGUGACUUCUACUACUGAGUCUGGUCCUCCACCAGAGCGAGAAGUGGGAAAGACACCCCCACAAGAGCCUCCAAAAGCUGUGACUUCUACUACUGAGUCUGGUCCUCCACCAGAGCGAGAAGUGGGAAAGACACCCCCACAAGAGCCUCCAAAAGCUGUGACUUCUACUGCUGAGUCUGGUCCUCCACCAGAUAGAGAAGCGGGAAAGACACGCCAACAAGAGCCUCCAAAAGAUGUGAGUUCUACUGCUAAGUCUGGUCCUCCACCAGAUAGAGAAGUGGGAAAACCACCACCACAGCAACCUCCAAAUGCUGCAACUACUACUGCUAAGUCUGGUCCUCCACCAGAUAGAGAAGCGGGAAAGACACGCCAACAAGAGCCUCCAAAUGCUGCAACCUCUACUGCUAAGUCUGCUCCUCCACCAGAACGAGAAGUGGGAAAGACACCCUCAAAACAACCUCCAAAAGUUGGUACAUCUCCAGCCAAAUCUGUACCACCACCAGCUCAGCCUGCAAAACAGGAGUCAGGAGGCUUCUUUGGUUUUGGUGGUGCUAAAACACAGCCGACUGCAGCACAGGCUGCUGGGUCAGUGACUGGAAAGAUGUUUGGCUUUGGGUCAUCUUUUCUAAGCUCUGCAUCCAAUUUGAUAACCUCAGCUGUCCAGGACGAACCGAAAAGUACACCUCCAACUCCACGGAAAAUGUCCACUACAUCCCAUGUCUCUCCUAAAACUACACCACCAUCCUCUCCUAAAACAUUGCCCGCAAAGGAUACCAAGCCACCUGCUGUCCAGAAAACUGAGAGGCCAGAGAAACCACAGCAGGAAAGGACUCCUUCAACAAUACAAACUAAAGUGAACAAAGCGCCAUCAGAGCCCCCCAAGGCACCAACAAACACACAAGGUGCUCCAAAAGCAGAUCUGUCCACCUGCCCACUCUGCAAAGUCAACCUCAAUAUGGGCUCCAAAGAUCCUCCCAACUACAACACUUGCACAGAAUGCAAGACUACUGUCUGCAACCAGUGUGGAUUUAAUCCAAUGCCAAAUGUGGCUGAGGUGAAGGAAUGGCUUUGUCUGAACUGCCAAAUGCAGAGAGCCCUUGGAGCACCUGAGCCCACUGGACAUCCUGUCGUCAAAGCUCAGCCCUCCCAAAGCAAGAUUUUUACAUCCCCUGGUUCUGAACAGAAGGAUGUACUGAACAAGGACAAGGCCAGAGUGUUGCUGGCCUGCAACAGCCUGUUGGAAAAUCCCCACAAGUACCGCUUUCUCAAACUACAAAGCCAGAAGUCAAUUCAGGUCUUACAAAACAAGAAGCUGGGAAACCACCACAGCAGCCCUCAAAAUCUGCAGCCUCUGCUGUCAAAUCUGCACCGCCACCAGCUCAGCCUGCGAAACAGGAGUCAGGAGGCUUCUUUGGCUUUGGUGGUCCUAAAACACAACCUGCUGCUGCAAACUACACCUCCAGUUUCUCCUAAGAUGUCCCCUGCAAAGGAGACCAAACCACCUUCUGUACAGAAAUCAGAGCCUCCUCAACAGGCCAAGCCAGUUUCAUUAGCACAGGCCAAAGUAGAGAAAGCUCCAUCAGAGCCUCCAAAAUCCACAGAAGUGACCCAAGUUGCUCCUAAAGCAGAUCUGUCCACCUGUCCACUUUGUAAAGUUGAACUGAACAUGGGCUCCAAGGAACCACCCAAUUACAACACCUGCACUGAAUGCAAAAGCACUGUCUGCAACCUUUGUGGAUUUAACCCAAUGCCUCACACAGCAGUGAAGGAAUGGCUGUGUCUGAACUGCCAGACUCAAAGGGCUCUGUUGGGACAGUUGGGAGACUCAGGAAAAAUGCCCCAGCCUUCAUCUGUAUCUGCCAAGCCAGAGACCCAGGCCACACUUGCGACCAAACAGGCAGAGCCCACACCUGCGGCCACGGAAUCACAGCCCACACCUGCCCCCUUGGAGGCAGAGCAAAAUGAAACCAAGGAAAAUGAUAUCUCUGCAGCAGCUACUAAACCUGGAACCAAAGCAGAGGAGCCUGAUGAAGAUCAACCCCACAUUUUACCCAUAUCACAUGAACUGGAGGAGGGGCAGGUGGUUAGUGAUACAAGUAAAAAUGAUAUAAGUACCUCUCCUUCCAUGCCAGCAAAGCAGGAGGUUAAAGCUGAAAGAAGGCGCUUAAGUUUCCAAGCAAUGGAUGAAAGCAGCGAAAGUGAGCUCACGCCUUCACCCUCACCUGAAGUCCAGAGGAGAAGGCUGAAGGUGAGCAAUAUUUCAUCCAGCAGUGAGGACAUCAAAACUGAAAGUGCUGACUCCACGAUGGAAGAUGAAGAGUUUAUCCGCAGGCAGAUAAUGGGCAUGGGUGACGAAGAAGAAAUGUCUCUUUCAGAAGAUGAAAAAGAGAAGAAUUUGGCAAAAGAGGAAGCUACCAUGGAGGCUGAGCUUGAUAAUGUUUCAGUAACAGUCAAAUCCCUUCCUAGAAAAAGUAGCACGGAUAAAAACGACACUCCAGCCACGGAAAAAGCCCUCCAGAAAACUGACACUGCAACUACUCAAGAUGCUGAAACAAUGCCCAGCGCUACUUUCAAGAAAGCUAUUCCAGUCAUGAGACACAGACAAAGCACUGAUGAAGAAGUUGAGAGCAUCACAGAAUCUCUGUCAAAGGGAUCAUCUAGUGUUCAGGCAUCUAGCUUUACUCCAGGAUCUUCACCUACAUCAGCCUCAUCUCUUGAGGAGGACAGUGAUAGUAGCCCCAGUCACAGGAAAACUGGUGGGGACAAACAGCAUCGCAAAGGUAAGCACAGGCAGCCAACUCAGCCUCUCCCUACUAUUGAAGACUCCUCUGAGGACGAAAAGAUUAGGGAGGAGGAGAAGUCGAGAAAAGACAAAGAUGAAUUUCAGGCCCAUGGCCAACCACGGUCUCCAACUGAAGAUGUGUCCUCCACAGAGGAUCUGAGACAGGUCACCGUAAUGGAUGAAACCAGCAGAACAUCUGGCUCUGAGUAUUCUGCCAGUAUAGAAUCAGAUCCAGAAUCAAGGCGGGUUAUACAGAGGGGACGUAAGCCUUCACCAACAGUGAUUCCAUACACUUCUGAUCCAUUUAAAGACAACGAUACUUUAACAAAAUCACUGAAGAGUGCUGAAGAAGCAUAUGAGGAAAUUAUUCAGAAGACAAAGGCUAUUCCAGGAGAGAGUCCUCCUGAUAUUGAGCCCCUCUAUGGAGGAAUGCCGAUAGAAGACUAUCUUUACGAAUCCUUAGUUGAGGAACCUGAAAUUAAAAUGAGUGUCUCUCAAGAGGAAGAGCUCAAACAGGAUACUGGCUCUGAAUGUCUCAAAAAGCUCAGGUCUCCAGAGGAGGUUUAUGAGGAGAUGAUGCAGAAAAAGAGAGAACUGAUGAUGAUAGAGCAAGAGUUUCAGCAGGCCCAGACAGCCAUGGAAUCUUCCUCAUUGGGGGCUCCAGCCACUGAGUCAGUUGCUGAGACCUGCAUGGUAUCCAUACCCAUAGAAGAGACAUCCCCUACUGGACAAACUGAUAUGCCUCUUACAGGCACUGAAAUUUCCAGCGAAGUGCCAGUGAAGAAAAAGAAACGCCCAGCUCCACCACGCCCUUCUGAACCUCCUAAGCGCAAUGAGGUUACUGUUGUUCCCAGUAUUCACAGUGGAUCUAUAGGUUUUGUUAGGCCUAUGGUUCCUCAAGAUCCUGCGCUAAGAAAAGCAUUGUUCCCCAUACCAGACCUUAAGAUUACCCAGUGUUCAUCUGGGGAGGAAGAGGAUGACAGUCUUGCAGAUGAAUAUGGUGUUGGUAUUUCCUCUGACAUUACACCCAGUGACGACUCUGAGACUAAAGAAGAUCCAAUCAUAAGCCCACCUUUGUCUGAAACAGCUGAGAUGGGACCUAUCUCUGUGGUCUGUGAAAUUCCAGAGCCAAAACCUAUUCCAACUCCAAUAUCAGCUCCAGAACUCACCACUACACCGUCUCCUGUAUCACCAGUAUCACCACCAACUUCACCAGCCACUCCAGAUUCCAGUUUGGCUUCUAAUGCUACAUCUUCAUCCUCGUUCCAAGCUCAAACACCUCUUUCACCAGAUUCAACUCCACUGUCUACACCAACACCUCCUACUUCAUUUGUAACACAGUCACCUCAAGAGAUCUUGCCACCAUUGCCUGCCACCACUGCAGCAGCAACAUCUACUGGGGGCUCAGCCACAGUUAUUGUUACAAUACCAGAUGUGGUGUCAGCUCCAUCCAAAGCUCAAACAACUGCCGUGGUUAAGGCUUCUGCACCGGAAGCCCCAACUCCAGCAGUAGUGGAGAUGUCAACUCCUGUACCUGUUGUGGUUCAAAUGCCAGACUUAGUUUCAUCUCCAUCUCAGGUGGUUAUUGAGGCUCCAGCUGUCAUACAGGUCUCAGCACCAAGUCCAGCACCUGCUGUUGUUUCAGCUCAACCUACAGCCCUAGUUGCAGCUACACCUAUUGCAGUCUCCACUCAAGAUUCAGCCCAUGUUGUUUCUGCUUCUGUCAGUCUGGCCUCACACCCUGGGCCAGUCAUAGUUCAGAUGCCUGACUUGGUUUCAACUACAUCUCCAAUCAGUGCACAAACCCCUCUACCAGUCUCAGCACUAAUAACUACCACAGCUCAAGCCGAAGCCAGAGUGGUACAUUCAGUCCCUGUACAACCAGCCAUCCCAUCUAUAAGCCCAGUAGUAGUCCCAGCUCUAGCUCAGACAGCUCAGGUGACUGCACCAGCUCCAACAUCAACUACUAUAGUGAAAAAGAAGGUCCCACCUCCUCCUCCCCCUCGGUCCACUUCAGUGUCAUUACCUGAGCCUAAUACAGAGCUGCAGCUUAUAAGGACUGCUCAGCCUGUCCCCUCUACUGUGACCACCGCUGGAGCUAUGGGAACCACAGUGGCUGGCCAACCAAUGCAGUCGGUCGCUGUGGAUAUACAGCCAAGAAUGGAAGAAAUACAACCAGAUAGUGUGGCUGUACCUCAAUUGGUGACUCCAACCAGACAAGGCCAUGUAGUCAUCAUAGUGCCCAGUGCAGAAAACAUAUCUCUGCUUGGACGAAUCCCACAAGAUAUAGCUAGCACAAGGCCAAUUGCUUCGACUCCUUCUCUGCCACAAACUAGUCAAAUAGCCACACACCCGGCAUCAAAUAUUCCCAGCACAGAUACAACUUCAAUAUCCACUAGAGUGUCAGCAGUGCCAGUGGCUUCUACUCCACCACUUCCGCCUAAACCUAUGGCAGGGACAAAAGUUAUAGACACUGUAGAAAUACCUGUGGCAGAUACACCUCCACCACCACCUACUACAUUAGCUAAGCCAACUGUUUAUCCAAAGCCACCAGUUCCCACUGCAGUGACAAUUGCUCAAGCAACAGUUUGCCCUAGUCAAACCGCCAAACCUCCUCCACCCAUACCACCUAAACCUGUAUCAAUUCCAGCAGGACUGGUUUUCAGCCACAAGCCAGGAGAGAGUGUCAAGCCACCUCUUCCUGUGGCCCUCAAAGCUGCAACACUGCCUAGGACCAAAGAACCUCCAAAUGCUCUGUCACUUAGCCUAACGCAACCUGUGGAGUCUAGGUUGGGUGCAACAUCUCCUAAGUCACCUUUGUCUCCUAGACAUGCCAAAUGUUUGCAAACCUAUGUUGUGAUAACCCUUCCAUCCGAGCCUGGCUCACCAACAGAGGGCAUAACAGUCCAGGCACCUGAUAUUCCACAGGGCGUAUCUGUGGCUCCAGUCACAAUCACUAAAAUUCAGCAGGAGUCUAUUGAGAGCCAAGAGAUUCGAGGACCUGAAAAGGUGGUCUCCAGUAUGAGUCACAUGUAUUCUUCUUCAAUUUCCACUUCAGGCCAGCCUCCUGAACGCCUGCCAAGCCUGGUCACUCAGGUGGUCACUACUGAGGUCCAGAGGACCACUGUAUCUGUUGUCCAUGAAAGACUUCCACAAGUCCCUGCACCCAGUGUAGCAAUCACUAUACAACCAGAUGUACCUAAGGUCCAACCUCUGCCAAAACAGAAUGGGAAGAUAAUCUACCCUGGUGAUGUUAUUGAUUUACGUACCAUGAAGGUUGGCGUAAGGAUGACUGAACAAGGUAUGGACCUGACACCACCCGAGUCAUGUCGACAGUCUUUUUCAAGUGACUCUAGUGGACGUCAAAUCACAGCAGUUCAGCCAGAGAUAGUAAAUCUUAGUGCAGAGAUCACCCCUGCGACCACACUGUCUGUUGUCACUGACAGCAUCACAAUAGUCACAUGUACAGCCACCAUUGCCUCAUAUAACAACACUCCAGCAGAGAAACCACUUGAUUUGCAGGGCCCUGUCACGUCACUGCCUCUGCCUCUCACCACAUACAAACCAUUCGAACCGCUAGCACAGAUUGUAUACAGACCUGUGAACUCCCAUGCUGUAGUCCGUGCUAUAGCAUCCACAGCUCAAGACAUACCCAUUAAUCUUUCCUUUGGAGUCUCCACAGGAGGCAAACAGCCAAUUACAUCAGCCCCAUCAGCUAUUAGCAAUGGGGGUCCUGCUCUUUCUCUGGAGGCCACAGGGGCCAUGGAUCUGUCAAACUAUAGACCAGUGAGAGCUAUGGUAGCUUUGUCUGGCACAAGCCCAGGAGUGGUGACCACUGUUUUAGAGGAUGAUGGGACUCCAGUCGACCUUACAGCUGGAAGGAGGAGUGUGUGCUGUGAUGUCAUUUACAAGCUACCAUUUACAGGAAGCUGCAGAACACAGCCCCCGGUCACAACCCAGCCUGACAACCGGUUUGGCUAUAGAGAUGACCACUACCAAUAUGAUAAUGCUGGACUGUAUGGUAUCAAAGGCAUGAAUGGUAUAAAAGCCUCAAUGUCUGAGACCAACCUUACAGAGGCAGGACUGUUCUCCUAUGAUCCCAAGAAUGACCACGACUAUCUCAAUGGAUCCUCAGAUGGCGCUAUAGACCUCACUGCUGCCAAACUUUCUGCUGGUAAAGCCCUAGACUACACCAGCAAAGCUACUGGAGGUUACCCUGGGAUGACUACUGCUCCAUACUCCCAGGUCCCUGCCGCUGGGUUUGGCGUAAAUAGUGUUCUACGAACCUCAGAUGGAAUAGUUUACUCCUCUGUUGCUGCCCCAGUUCCAUCCACGUAUGCAAUUACAACUCAACCAGGCUCCAUCUUUAGCACUACCCUAACGCCAACAUCAACAGUCCAGAACCAGUCAUUGCCACAUCCAUAUGGUUUCAUUCCCAGUACAGACCCAGGACAGAUAAUUCCUUUUGACACUGGGAUACCUAAGGAGCUCCUACCCACCGCUUUGGCUGACAUCAUAACUGGCUAUCCGGACAUGUACUCAGACACUACCUUGGAGGCAAUUGCUGCCUCUCUGGAUGCCUUAGCCUCCUCCCCGAUUUUCCCUGGCUUAGACAACACCAAGAUGGCCCAGUAUCAGAUGGAGAGGGAGUUUUUAGAGCUUGAGAAGCUUAAGCAGCUAUGUCUUGCUGAGGAGUUAGAGUGGGAGAGGCAGGAAAUCCAGCGUUAUCGUGAACAAGAGCAGCUUAUGGUCCAAAGGGAGCUUGAGGAGCUUCAGGCUCUGAAACAGCAGCUUCUUCUACAACAAGAGGAAGAGCACCAUGCCCACAUGGUGGCGCAGCAGGAGACCUAUGCCCAGCAGAAAGAGCAGUUGCAGCAAAUCCAACAACUCCAGCUGCAACUCCAGCGCCAGCUAGAUGAGCACUAUGGUACCACUGGUACCACAGGGAACCUCCUAGAUGCUAAAUACGCAGGGGGAGGUCAGGACCAGUUUAAUUUAGUGAAGAAGCUUCAAGCUGAUCAGGAUGCAGGGAAAAAAAUAAUUGAUAGUGGAGUGCAGACAGAUGAUGAAGACUCAGCAGAGAAACAGCAUGUAGGAAGGAGAAAGAAGAAUAAGAGAAAUAUUGAUAGCUCAGCUCAGACUGAUGAUGAGGACCAAGAUGAAUGGGAUGCUCCCACAAAAGCUCGACGACGCUCUCGAAAACAUAGCAGUGAUGGGAAGCAUGGCUCCAAGGUCUCUAGCAUUGCUAUCCAGACAGUGGCUGAGAUAUCUGUCCAGACUGACCACUCUGGAACUAUCAAACGGCCCAAUGUCCAGAUGGACACUAAAGUGGAAAUCAUCAAGCAUAUCUCAGCUCCAGAGAACUCCCAGAGAGGUGGCAGUCUGAGCUGUCAGACAGACUCAGACAGAAGGCAUACACCUAUUGAAGUGGGCUACAGUACUCACCUAACCACAGAUGUCCCCUCUAAGUCUAAAGUCUUCUACAACCCAGUGUCCCCCCUGUCUCCGGAAAAGUCACCUGGAGGGCAGAGAAUGUUGACUGCCGACCCAACCAGAUUUUCCUCUGGCCCUCGGAUAUUAAAGGCUGGUCACAAGUCUCUAUCUGAUCCGAAAUCCCUUAGUCCUACCACAGAAGACAGGAUGGGGGGAUACUACGCAGACAGCUAUUCUGGUCGAGGCUCUCCCUCUGGUACGGGUAAGAAGGUAAAGCGGACACUACCAGACCCCCCUCCUGAGGAUGACUCUCUGACAGGGCGGUCAGGCUACAGUACCAACUCUGCUCGUCGCCGUCUUGCCCGCAGUACAACAAUGGCCCGGGCAAAGAUCCUGCAGGACAUUGACAAGGAGCUUGAUCUGGUGGAGAGAGAAUCUUCUAAACUUCGCAAGAAACAGGCGGAAUUAGAUGAAGAGGAAAAGGAGAUUGACGCCAAGCUACGGUACCUGGAGAUGGGUAUCAACCGGCGUAAAGAAGCUUUGCUGAAGGAGAGAGAGAAGAGGGAGAGGGCCUAUCUCCAGGGGGUGGCAGAGGAAAGAGACUACAUGUCAGACAGCGAGGUUAGCAACAUCAGAGAGGCCAGGGGUGAUGGCCUAGAGCGGCCACGGACAGCUCCCCAGUCGGAAUUUGACCAAUUCAUCCCCCCGCAGACAGAAGCUGAUUCCCAGUACAACACACUAACUAGUCCCUACUCUCAUUAUGCCCAGUAUGUUCCCCAGACCCAAACCACCAGCCACUACACCCAACAAAACCUGUAUCAGCAGCAGUCUCUUUACCACCAACAGGUGUCUCCUUACCCAACCCUGUCCCUCUCCCAGGCUCAGCCUAGCAGCUACCAACAUGCUCUGCUCUUGCAGCAGGGGAAGCAACGUCAAACCACCCUGUCUGACUUAGAACCUAAGAUCACCACCAACUAUGAAGUGAUGCGAAACCAGCCUCUGCUCAUUGUGCCAACCUCCACGGAAAGCGGCUAUGGCGUCGCUCACCUUGGGGGCAAGUAUGGCAACUUGGACCUGAGGCUAGGGCUAGAGGAGAGGAGCAUGGCCUCUAGUCCCAUGUCUAGCAUUUCUGCUGAUUCUUUUUAUGCUGACAUUGAUCAUCACAAUGCCAGGAACUAUGUGUUGAUAGAGGACAUAGGGGAACUCACCAAGGCCUCAACAGGGCUGAGCAACACUGGCUUGGGUUCUGGAUUCAACCUGCCUGAUAAGGAGUUGUCCAAGACAGACAGAUUACUCAGGGCAGCAGAAGUCAGGCGCACAGCAGAGGUGGCAGAUUUUUUAGGCUCAUCUCGGAUUCAGGGUUAUACUAAAGGAGAAGAUGACACCAUGGAGGAGCCGUAUGAGUUAAAGCUACUAAAGCAGCAGAUCAAGCAGGAAUUUAGGCGAGGAACUGAGGGACUAGAACACUUAACAGGCCUGGGCCUGCCCCAGUAUCUGCCCAGUGAUAGCAGUUUUCGCCACUUCCCUAAAGGAGAAAAAUAUAGCAUCGGCAGGCUCACCCUUGAAAAACAGGCUGCAAAGCAACUCCCAGCAGCUGUUCUUUACCAGAAACAGAUGAAGAACAAAAAAGCCCUAAUAGACCCAAAGGCCAUUACUAAAUUUUCCCCAAUUCAAGAGAGUAGGGACCUGGAGCCUGACUUUGCAAGCUACAUGGGAUCUGGGGCCUCCUCUGUGACCAAUCUGGCUGCCACAGCUAGGUUGCUUCAGGAUGAGAUUACAUUUGGGCUAAGAAAGAACUUGUCAGAGCAGCAGAAAUAUUUGGGCUCCUCUCUAGGAGCCAACCUAGCUGGUUCUCUAAAUCUUGGGCAGUCCCUUGGACUGGGAUCUGCUAUCAGGGCCACUGCCCAGGAUGAUGGCACCUACCCAAGUGGCACCCGUUCCAGACCCUCAUCACGCCCCUCUUCUCGUCCCUCUUCUGUCUAUGGCUUGGAUCUAUCUAUCAAACGGGACCUAUCCAGCUCCUCACUUAGACUUAAAACAGAAGGAGAGGUUCUGGAUGCAGCAUUUGCCCCUGGGGUGGCCAGAGCAAAGCCUACCAGUUUACCAAUCAGCCAAAGUCGGGGCCGCAUCCCCAUUGUGGCUCAGAACUCCGAGGAGGAGAGCCCUUUGAGCCCAGUGGGGCAGCCUAUGGGUAUGGCUAGAGCCUCAGCUGGACCACUCCCUCCCAUCUCCGCUGACUCCAGGGACCAAUUUGGGUCUAGCCAUUCCCUGCCAGAGGUGCAGCAGCAUAUGAGGGAGGAAUCUCGGACACGUGGCUAUGAUCGAGACAUCGCAUUCAUCAUGGAUGACUUGCAAGGUGCCAUGUCUGAUAGCGAAGCCUACCACCUGAGGAGAGAGGACACAGAUUGGUUUGAUAAGCCAAGAGAAGGGCAUCCGCAGACCGGAAACAUGUCGGACAGGCGACAGAUGAAACUGGUUCCUUAUGCCUUCCCUCACACUCACAUCAAGCUUAAGAGAGACCCGAAGGACACUAGUGUGUCAGGGAAUGGACUUGGGAUCCGUGUGGUGGGUGGGAAGGAGAUUCCGGGGAGCCGAGGAGAGAUUGGAGCAUACAUUGCCAAGGUUAUCCCCGGUGGUGUGGCAGAGCAAACAGGAAAAGUUGUAGAGGGAAUGCAGGUGUUGGAGUGGAACAGAGUCCCUCUGACGGCAAAGACUUAUGAAGAAGUGCAGUGCAUCAUGGGCCAGCCGUGUGCAGAGGCGGAGCUCUGUGUGAGACUCGACCUUAAUAUGCUGUCUGACCCUGAGCACCCACAAGCCCUGGAGCACCAUGUCCAGCUUAAGGCUGUAGGUGGCCAGCGUUCCCCUGGUGUGGACCCUAAGCAGUUGGCUGCAGAACUGCAGAAGGUGUCCCAGCAGCAGGGUCCUGGUGUGGCUGGAACAGGGGUUGGGCCUGGGGGUUUGGGGGUACUCUCUGCACUGGAGCGCUCUGCCCUCCUCCACUCGGGCACUGGAUCGGCUGCCUCCAGUGGGGUACCAAGCCCCGGCCAGCCUGCAUCCCCUGCCAUAAACAAGAAACAACGACACAAGCCAAUGGAGGUAAUGAAGUUACCUCAUGCCAUCACAGGAGAAAUUCAGCUCCAGAUCAACUAUGACAGGAACCUAGGAAACCUGAUCGUCCACGUCCUGCAGGCUAGAAACCUGGCCCCGAGGGACAAUGACAGCUACUCCGACCCUUUUGUCAAGGUUUACCUCUUACCUGGAAGAGGCCAAGUCAUGGUUGUCCAGAAUGCAAGUGCUGAUAACAAGAGAAGGACCAGAUAUGCCCAGAAGACCAUGAACCCAGAAUGGAACCAGACUGUCAUCUACAAGAACAUUCAUUUGGAGCAGUUAAAGAAAAAGACGCUGGAGGUGACAGUGUGGGACUAUGACAGAUCCUCCUCCAACGACUUCCUUGGAGAAGUGUUGAUUGACUUGUCAAACACGGCCCAGCUUGACAACACUCCUCGCUGGCUGCCUCUGAAGGAGCAGAGCGAGAGCAUUGAGCACAGCAGAGCCCACCAUGGAGACGGGAGUCAUGACUCGCCUAAAAACUCUGUAAUCAAGAGCAGAAGCCAUGGGAUCUUCCCUGAUCCAGCCAAAGACAUGCAGAUGCUGCCUUUGGAAAAGUCACACAGCAGCCCAGGCAGCUCAAAGUCUUCCUCAGAUGGGCAGCUGCGCUCCCACGGCCCCUCCCGAAGCCAAAGCAAGAGCAGCGUCACUCAGGCCCACCUUGAGGACGCUGGGAUAGCCAUUGCUGCCGCCGAGGCUGCCGUGCAACAGUCCCGCCUGCAACCAAGACCAGGACACCGACUGGGCGAUGUCUCAGGGUCAGUGGUGCUGUCUGCCCCGAGUCUUGUGGGAGACGCCUAUGGAGAUCUGGAUGGGGAAGAGGGGGCAGGCACUGGAGUGGACAGUGCCAUUUUUCAAGUGCCACGCAUCGGUAAGACUAUUCCUAACGGCACCGACAAAAACCAACUAGGGACACCAGAAAAUGAAGGUGGUAAAACACAAGUGAUGGGGGAGAUCAAGGUCGCUCUCAAGAAGGAGGUGAAGACAGAAGGGGACCAGCUGGUCUUGGAGAUCCUUCAAUGCAGAAACAUCACUUACAAGUUUAAGAGCCCAGACCACCUGCCAGACCUGUAUGUGAAGUUGUAUGUGGUGAACAUAGCCACUCAGAAGAGGAUCAUCAAGAAGAAGACAAGAGUUUGCCGACAUGACAGAGAGCCCUCUUUCAAUGAGACCUUCAGAUUCCCCCUCAACCCAACUGGACACUCCAUACAGCUUUUCCUAGUGUCCAAUGGAGGCAAGUUCAUGAAGAAGACCCUGAUAGGGGAAGCCUACAUCUGGCUGGAUAAGGUGGACAUGAGGAAGAGAGUGGUCAGCUGGCACAAGCUGUUCGUCAGCUCCACUCAGACCAACCCCUGAACAACCAAGAUGCAGAUGCGAUAGUUCAACGAAAGGUGAAGCCAUAACGUAAAAGUACAGAGAUCCGGUUAGACAAAAAGAUGAACAAGAGAAAAAAAAAUCAAGGAGAGGACGUGAAAAGAUCCAUUUAAUACCUCCAUUCUUCCUUUACUUCCUCAGUUCAUAAGUUCUAAGAAGGAGGGUAUUAUGUGCUAAUACCAUAACAACUGUAUCAGUCCAACACUGCCAGCACACAUGUCCACCUCCUCCCAUGUCGGGUCUCUGCCGGCUGUGGACUUUGCUCGUAGGACGCAAACAUGCAAAUGCCACAGCAGGCACUGAAAGAGACUAAGCAGCAAUAUGGCUUUGAGAGCAGUGAUGUCUUUCUUACCAUAGUUCCAAUUCCAUGACUUUGUUGUUUUGGUGCUGUGCAACUGAGCUAACAUAUCUAUCAGAGGGAAAGGCGAAAAAAAAAGUGAAUUUGACUUCUUUAUCAGAGUCAUCAGCUGAAUUCGUGUUUUCUUCAUAUUGUUGUCAUGCCCAAUUGAUGGUUGUGAUGUGUGUGGACAUCAGUUGUCUUUGAAACAUUUGACGAUGAAGGAAUGCAUCGUGUUUUUGUACAAUAGUCUCUCAGUUUCGUGUAAAAAGAGAACAGCGUAACAGAGUCAAGACAGUCGACUUUUGCUAUGAGAUGAAGCUAAAAUGUACAGCACUUCAGAUUGUAGAUAUCACACAUGCAGAUUACAGAGCAUAUCAGAGAAUCACAUUGUACAGUGUGAUGUUUAUAUAAAAUACAAGAUAUCAGAUGCAGAAUAUAUCUAAAUACAAUAUACAGAAUAAGAGUUUUCUUGUCACUGUAUAUAUAAUAAAAUACAGACAUAUUAUCUCUGUUAGAGUGAGGCUGUGGGUGGCGCACUGACAAUCCAGGAGGCUACUUUAGUCUAUGGUGUAGGCAGUCUUAAUAGUUGUUAUGUGAAUGUGGACCUACGUGAGCUCAAGGAUGUUCAUGACAAACAGCUCCUACGGUCGCCCGAUCACACUGAUGCACCAUGGGAUAUUCAACAGGGCUGCGAUAGAACCCGGUCGAGGUCAACAUCCAGUGACAUACUGCUGUUUCACUGGCAUGCCAUUGUGUAGGGCAGAGCAGAAUAACACUAAAAUGAACAGUGUGUUUGGAAGUCCAAAACACAUGCUGUGUUGAAUGUUACAAGCCAAUUGUAGAGGACGACAAGAGUUUAUCAUAUCUGUGUCAUGUGUACAACAUUUUUACUUCAAGGCUGACGUAGUUGCUCAGAGUAUGCGAAUAUUCCUGUCUGUGUCGCCCAUCACGUAAUUACACUGUUGGAGAGACGUGUAAUUCGCACAAGUCGUGUCAAAACCACAUGCAGAUCCGCAACUGUCAUUGCUUCCAUAUGACAGCUCUGCUUUCCGUGUCCCCUGGUCUGAGUCUUACCGAAAAAUAAUUUCAAAAUGAAGAAAAAAAACUCUUCUAACCAGUCAAAUGUCGAGGUUCCUCCGUGUCUCCGGCUGUGCUGUAAAACUCACUUUGCUGUUUUGUGUCAGUGACUCCUGUUGCAACACAGUGAACCAGCCUCUUUCACUGCCUGUGACCAAAACACUCACUCAGGCCCACCAUAUUUAAGUCAGAAGAACACAUGGGGCCAAGUCUCGGUUCUAAGGUGGAGCAGGUGACCGAUGUGUUCAUCUUGUGAUGUUUGGCCGCCACAUCUGCAGAAUACAAAAAAAAAAAAAAAAGCACUAUCAAGUGACCCUCAGAACUACUGUCAGUGCAUUUAGGCAUAUCACAGGGCUGAUGCAAUAUUUCUAAGAAUUAAACAGAACAGAGGAAACAACAAACACACUUUAAGGAACAAGAUGUCACUUAAAUCUUAUAGCAAAGGAAAACAAAAAAAAAAAAGAAUAUCAUGAGGAAGGGAACGUGGCUGAGUUU